AUGAGGCCCAUAAAGUUUCUGAAGUCACUUUGUCUGUAUCUGCUGAUUAUUCAUGGCACUGUUGCGCAACGGAUAUCGGAACAGAAAUGUUGCGAGUAUCGUCGGCUAACGGCUUCUCGAAUUGGGAUCAUCCCUCUCAUUGCCAAAGCCAGAUCAGUUAUCUUCGAGGAAUUCACCUGCCCCACUACAGUAAAGGUGAUUGCCGGCGGAGAGGAAGCCCAGGAAGGCGAGUUUCCGCAUCAUGCUUUACUCGGCUGGGAGUCUCUGGAUUACGUCAGCGUGGAGGAAUAUUCGUUUCGCUGUGGUGCGGUGCUAAUCAGCGAGAGCUACGUAAUGACUGCCGGCCACUGCGUUGUGGAUCAAGGGUGGGGCAAUCCGGCUGUAGUACGUUUGGGAGAAUACGAUUUGCAUAACGAUAAUGAUCAUCAUGUGGACUUUGACGUUCAGCAGGUGGUGAGGCACCCGAACUACAAGGGGAACAGCGUUUACAACGAUAUUGCAUUGGUGAAGGUCAAACGCAGCGUGCGUUUUUCUCCGUUCAUUCGACCUGCUUGCUUGUGGACUUCCAAAUCGAUUAAUUUUACAUCGGCGAUUGCUACCGGAUUCGGGCAGCUGGGAUUUCUUACAGAGCAGGCGACUAAGCUGAACAAAGUGACACUGGAACUGUACGAUGCGUCCUUUUGCAACCGUGCCUUCGUGAGAAAUCGUAAGUUUGAGGAUGGCGUCAUUGAUUCGCAGAUCUGUGCCGGCAGUGAGAACGAGAAGGACACUUGCAAGGGCGACUCUGGGGGUCCAUUACAGGUGAUGAUUGAAGGCAAUGGGUGUAUGUACUACGUAGUGGGUCUGACGUCUCGCGGACACGACGCUUGUGGGUUGAAGAGUUCUGUAGCGCUCUAUACGAGAGUUUCCUCUUUCGUGGACUGGAUUGAGCACGUCGUUUGGGAAGAUGAAGUAGAUUCUUGGAAAUAA